GCUCAGGCGGCUAAGCCGUGUCUCUGGCGUGGCCCGUAAGCGCUGAGUUGAACGCUGGUGGGCGGGGCCUCUGGCUGCUGUCCUCGCCACUUUACCUCUGUGUGGAGGACCCGGGGGAAAGCUGACGCCGCCGAGCCAGUCAGCAUGCAGCUUGCACACUAGCCCUGCGUGUAGGGACGACGCAGGCCGCCUGCGAGCGCCCGUCUAGUUUCCGGUCCCGUGGGCCCCGCCCCUCAUCACUAUGUACGACCGUGCUCCCCGCUGGCUGGGCUGUGCCAACCGGGGCAGCACCGAGGAGCACGUGGGGCCUGGGACCUACCAGGUACCUUUUCCUAAGCAGCAGGCCACAGGUUGCUAUGCACCAUUUCUUUCUCUGAGUUCCAAAACAAGUGCUUAUGUUGUCUCCUCUGACGCUGGCCAAGCUGUUCCAGGUCCAGCACACUACAACGUAUCACAAGCACAGUAUAAAAUAAAAGGAGGCCGUAGUCUGCAAAACCGAGAGAAGCGAUUUAAGAAACUUAUUUCGGAUGGUCCAGGACCUGCGAGCUACAAUUGGCCUUCUCUUGGGACAUUAUGUAUCAUAACCAGACAGAAAACUCCUAGAACUCCUGCAGUUUCCAGAAACAUUGAUAUUCCUUCAAUCCCCUCUUCCGGAAAGUCACAUGGGUAUCAUCUCAAUGACGACGACACUAUUAUGAGACGCACCCCACCUCCUAGUGACAACACAAUAGGUCCAGCGUACUACAAUCCUCAGUUUGAUUAUCCUAAAGCAUCUUUGAAAUAUAAAGGCGUAAAUUUUGGCAAUAGUACAGGAAGACAAGAAUUUCUCAAGUAUUCAGGUCCUGGUCCUGGACAGUACGAUAUCAUCCAGAAAAGGAAACUACAUUGUGAAAAUAUUAACAUCAAGAGAGAUCAAGAGCAUAAUUAUUAUACAUAUGUCCCACGGCUAUAUGAAGCGAUAAUAUUGCAGGAGGAAAAAAGGGGUGUACCAGGACCUGGAAAGUACAACAUUAAAAGUGAAUUUGACACGAUAAAAUCCAUGUCAGCACUUGUGAAUUCUUCAUCUUUUAUUUUCUUUUCUGAAACAGAGAGAUUCGAACCUAUCAAAUCAUCCACCCCAGCUCCUGGUACAUACAAUGAAAUACGAACUGCUUUCAAGUGCCCAAAGAAAAGACUAGGAUUGUCUUUGCCAUUUGACCAGAGCGCUGCUCGAUUCACAGAUUCCAAGGCACAGAAGCUACCAGGUCCUGGCUUUUAUGAUAUCUCAACCAACAUUGUAAAAGCCCAGGUUAAAAAACCCUGCUUGAAGAAACAAUCGAAAACUGGAUUUGGCUCUUCUGUGCCUCGAACUUUGUUCACAGCUCAGAAAAAAGCUUUCCGUGGCCCUGGGCCUAGUGAUUAUCAGGUUCGAGGAACUCAUGAUGAAUUACCUAACUUGAACAAAUCUGUUGCUUUCUUGUCGAGAGCAGAAAAAACUCAACCAGUACGAAAAAUGCGUCUUCCAGCUCCUGGCCGCUAUGAUGUUCAGAAAUCGUAUGACAUGUCCCAAGUUAAACAUAAGUACAUGCCACCUCGUACUUCAGUGGCUAAAAAAAGGCAUUCCUCUUUCCUGAGCGCAGCUCCUCGGUGCCUGGGGAAAAUCGCUGACGGGCCAGGACCUGCAACAUACAGUCCUGUUUUAAUGAAGUCUGGUGCCAUAAUCUCAUUCGUUAAAGGACCAAAGCGUUUUCAAGAGUUUCAUGACGAGUUUUCUCCGGGCCCUACGACAUAUGAGCUCAGUCCAUUUUUAAGACAUUCUCUCCUGAAGAGAACAUACAAUGUCACUCUACCGUGUUCAUCCUCUCCUAAUAGAGAAAAUACCGGUUGUCCAUCACAAAAAGCCACCCAAAAAUCUCAAAGAGAGAAAUCACAGUAUUUUAACUGAGAUGUACUUCCAUUGUGGUGACAUCCUACAUCAGCAGCUCAAAGGACAGUAUCCAUUCUAACCUCUACAAAGAGGAAAGUCUGUUGUUGUAGCAAAUUUAAUUCUAUUUUUCUAUCAAAUUUCUCCAUUACAGAAGAUAUAUAAAUAAAUAAAUAAUAUAUAUAUAUUCAUAUUCUCCAUUGCAUUCUUUGUAAACACAUAUUUUUGAUGCCUCCAUAUGAAAUGUGGGCUUAAAUAAAGAUGUCCAAUGAAAGCUUAUCUUUUUUAAUUUUAGAAUCUGUCUCUCACCAGAGAGUGCAUUGAUGCUCUGAACAUAAACCAUGUAAACGUAAAGCAAGUUCUGUUAUUUUGUGGAUGUGCUACACUCCUGGCUAAUUUUCUUAUGCUCUGUUUCUCUAAAAAUCAAAAAGUAUAAAAUGAAAAGAAUCACAAAAGUAUUCUCUAUGCCUCACUUUAUGUUUAUUUUAUGGGCAAGUAGGAGAACAAGGGAAAGUAAUUAAAUUGUCAAAAACCCUUUUCCAUGGCCUGUUGUUUGGGAAAAUGGCUAUUCAUUUAUUUUUCUGUAGCAGAAGUAUAUGAAAAUCUGUAUGGGUUAGGUUUUGGCAAUUCUGCACACAUUACAACAUGUGCUUCUAUGAUGAUAAUUAUUAUCUUUGAUUCCUAGUACUUGAUCGAUAUUUCUGACAUAGUUGAUCUGGUGGUAAUGAAUUUUCUAAAUUUAAAUUUAUUUGCAAAAGUGUUUUUGACUUCCAUUUUGAAGGCUGGUUCUGCUGAGUGCUGUUCAUCACCUGGGCUGGUUGGAUCUCAGGCAACUUGAUGCUCACUUGUGGGCUUUCUGUUGAGAACUAUGCUGGAAGUCUAGUGUAAAUUUCCUAGUGUGUGGCUUGACACAGGGCUCUUCAUGUUUCUAAUUCUAUCUUCUCUUAUAAUUUUGAGUACAGCAGGCAUCACUGAUCAUCCAUUUGCCAUAAGUCUACUUGGCUUUUUCCUUUGAGUUGCUUGUGUAUAGAGAGAUAUCUGUAUCUCCAGAACAUCCUAAAAUCUCUAGGCUUAAGGAAUUUUUAAUUCCUGUUUCCUUAACCUUCUGAAAUUACGGUAAUGGGAAAAUUAAAUUAAUGGCAUUCC